AUGCUCUCACUCCCUCGUGCUCUCACUCCCCUCGUGCUCUCACUAUUCUCUGUCCGUGCCUCCGCUGCUGCCUCCGCCGCUGCCUCGCCCGCUGCCUUCGCCGCUGCUGCUGCCUCCGCCGCUCUAGAUCCACCGCUCCAGAUCGCCAUCGCCAAGCCGCUCCAGAUCGGCGAGCCUCCGUCGUUGCUACCUGCCUCCGCCGCUCUCGACCCACCUCUCCAGAUCGGCGAGCCUCCGUGUUGCUGCCUUGCCUCCGCCGCUCUCCAUCCACUUUUCCAGACGCCGCUUCCUCCGCCUCUCCAAUCGGCGAGCCCUCCGUCGUUGCUGCCUGCCUCCGCCGCUCUCGAUCCACCGCUCCAGAUCGCCGCUGCCUCCGCCUCUCCAGAUCGGCGAGCCUCUCAUACUCUUUUCUUCAUGCUUUUGAGGCCAGCCAGUGAAGACUCAUAG